CACAUUUCCCCCACGCACCGCUAAUGACUUUCUCGUUAAUUGCUGUCCGCCGCCCCGGUGUACGGUGCACCGGGGUCCGUUAUUUGCAUCUGGUCCGCCGUGGGCGCCGGUGGGGAAAUGGUAAUGGAGGAGGGACGUCCGGGCCCCUCAAAACCCGCCGGUGACAGGCGGCCCCAGAAGCGGGAGAAGAAGGACAAGCAGCACGACAAGCAACAGCCCUGCGAGGGUUUCAGUAUUAAAGCCAUGAUGAAAAACAGCGUGGUAAGAGGGCCCCCACCUGCAGGAUCAGUAAAAGAAAGACCAGCAAAACACACAGCUUUUCGCAAGUUUUAUGAGAGAGGAGACUUUCCAAUUGCUGUUCAGCAUGAGUGUGGAGGAAACAAAAUCGCCUGGAAGGUACAGAUUGAAGAGCUGGACUAUCAUUACUUUCUGCCUUUGUUCUUUGAUGGGCUUUGUGAAAUGGAAUUUCCAUAUGAGUUUUUUGCUCGUCAAGGAGUCCAUGACCUGCUGGAGCAUGGUGGAAGCAGGAUUCUUCCUGUUGUUCCUCAGCUCAUUAUCCCAAUAAAAAAUGCACUGAACCUUCGUAACCGACAGGUCCUCUGCACCACACUGAAAGUCAUCCAGCACCUGGUGGUGUCAGCUGAAAUGGUGGGGGAGGCCUUGGUGCCCUAUUAUCGGCAAAUUCUCCCAGUCCUAAACAUCUUUAAGCACAUGAAUGUUAAUUUAGGUGAUGGGAUAGAAUACGGCCAGCAGAAACGUGAAAAUAUUGGAGUUCUCAUCCAAGAGACACUGGAACUCUUUGAACGCUACGGUGGAGAAAAUGCUUAUAUAAACAUUAAAUACAUGAUUCCCACUUAUUGGUCGUGCAUGUAAACUGAAUUAUAUUAAAUGGGAUGAUUCCAUCUGUGCUCUGAAAAACUAUCUGACUCUGUAUGGCAUCUUGUUAGUCAUGCUUUAUCUUCUCUACAGCUGCUAAAAUAGUGGCUUCUGGGGCAUUGGAGUGUUAGCACUAUUGUGAACAAGGCUUUCCAAUACAUAAAUAGUGUCUGUUCCUUUGAUUACAAUGGUGUACUGUGCUUGUUUGUUCCCUGAAAGAAUCACUCCUUUAUAACAGAGCUGACUCGAACAGGAAUCUGAGUUAAACCUUCACUUGUGUAGACAAUAAAACUAUAAUUUUCAUACGCGAUUCAGCAAUCGCUGUUCUGUGUCCGCUUGCCCUGAGGGUGAUGUCAGAGGCUGUAACAAGAAGAGUUUAUGCUGACUGCUUAAUAGGUGUUUGUCAUGGAAGAGAAACACCAGUUCAGCAAUGCCUCUCUGGCAGCUGUGCUGAAUAAUGUGCACUGACAUACAAUAAAACUGUUGAAUGUAUAUACCAAUUGCAGCAGGAGAAUUUAUAUUUUCCAUUAUAAGGCACUGUCGUUAAAUUAAUCCAGGUUUCUUACACACUCCUGUUCUCAGCUUCCAGGUGUUUACUCAUGGAACUUAGGUUCCUCUUGGUGAACAUAAGGCACAAGCAAGCACAGUUUUGAAGAAAAGAAGCCCAGAAAAAAAAAAAAAACCUUGAAUAAAUCAGACAGAAGAUACAACGUACAGAAAGUAUCAGCCCCUAGCGACACUGUUAAUCUUGGGUAAACACAGAAUAUACAGGUACAUUUUUAAAGGGCACUUGGUAUUUUUGUAACUGCAAGGUUGCUAUUGCUUUUCUCUUGUUAUUAUUAUGGUGUGUAUGUGUGCAAACAAUGUAACUAUUGUUAUAGGAAUCCCUUACGAAUUCCUACUCAGUUUCUCCCUGUGUACCCAUAACACAGAACUGAUAUAGUCAUGGAUUUAAGCAAAGCUAUUGAGAUUGGCUUUAUUGCUUUUUAAGCAUUUCUAUGGAGUAAACCUACAAAAAAUUAAACCGGUCUUACAAUUCUCAAAGACAACCAUUUAAAAUUAUUGAGUCAGCACAAAACAAACCAGAGAUAUUAGCUUUGCCUAAAAGCAUGAGAUUUUUUUAAAGUACUUUGAAAGACUUUGGGCUCAUCUGGCUUUUAUUAUGUUUUCUGGAGCUCUUGCUCUUCAAAUGUAUGCAAGUUGCACUUUCAAGUGUUUCAGUGUAACUGUUAAGAGCCUGAAAUGCACUCUUUGGUGUUAAACACAUGAGACUUUUUUCAAGUGCUUAUCCAUAUCCAUAUUCACACCUUACAAGGCUUGCCCAAGUGAGAGACACAGCCCCUACGCUGCCCUGCUCUCUUGGAUGCUUGCUGGAAGUGUGGGGAUCACCUUCCCACCUGCUGGAACUUUGAGCCAUAUCUGUCAUUAGAUUGACAUUAGAACAUGCCUUUUUCUGUUCUGUGUCAUCUUCAGCAGGAGGAUUUUCUUUUACUUUCUUCUCUUUCCUGUGAGUAAAAAAAAAAAAAAAAAAAAAAAAGAAGAUUUUUACUCUUCCCACCUCUUUGAGGAGUGCACCUUCAAGUGAUGCCACCAGCCACAAGCACUCACCAGCCCCUGAUUUAGGCAUGGCUGCUGGAGGUGUGCCUUUCUCCCAGGCCCCAGAGGGGGCAUUUCUUUUCUGUUUGUUUUUGUUGUUGUUGUUGUUCCUGAGUUUUGUGUGACACAAUUUUUCCAACGCUACCCUCAAGUCCCUAGAGUUGUCCAACAUACACCUGUGAUGGGUAAGUGCAUCCAAAACUCUGCCUCAUGUUUAGGGUAUCGACAAAUCUUUUGCCUUCUGGAAGAAAGGGAGGUGAA